AGGAAAAUCUGUCUAUAGUCCCGAGAAAUCCUCCUCGGACUCGUCCAAACGUAACGUUGUAACAAAGGAUCAGAAUUCAACCGCUCGUUCGCUGCAAUCUCAAGGCUCAGAGUCGUGGUUUAGUCAACUAGCUGCUCGGUCAAACUCGAAUCCCAUCGGUUUUCAGUGUUUGGAUCAGCAAUAUAUUCUGAGAGAAAUGGAGCAGAACAAGAAAAAGGUAUCGAAGGGACUAUUGCAGAGUGAUGACUUGUAUCAGUAUAUCUUGGAGACUAGCGUGUAUCCGCGUGAACCGGAGCCUCUCAAGGAGCUGAGAGAGGCCACUGCCAGCCACCCCGGGGCUGAGAUGGCUACUGCACCAGAUGCAGGCCAGUUGAUGACCAUGCUGUUGGGGCUAGUAGAUGCAAAGAAGACGAUUGAAGUUGGAGUUUUUACCGGAUACUCUCUUCUCCUCACUGCUCUUACAAUUCCUGAGGAUGGCAAGAUUGUAGCCAUAGAUGUAGAUCGUGAGCCAUAUGAUCAAAUAGGAUUUCCAAUCAUAAAGAAAGCUGGUGUUGAGCACAAAAUUGACCUCAUUGAAUCUGAGGCCCUACCCGUUCUUGAUAAGCUAUUGGAACAACAUGAAAAUGAAGGAAGUUUCGACUUUGCUUUCGUUGAUGCAGACAAGGUUAACUAUUGCAAUUACCAUGAGAGACUAAUGAAGCUGCUGAAGGUGGGGGGUAUGGCUGUGUAUGAUAACACUCUUUGGGGAGGGACAGUUGUAAUGCCUGUUGAGUCGACUCCGGAAUGGAUGAAACCAAGUAGACAGUCUAUUAUGGAGCUCAAUAAGUUGCUCGCUGCUGAUACUCGUGUCCAAAUUUCGCAUGCUGCUUUGGGUGAUGGGAUCACAGUUUGUAGGCGACUUUGAUUUCUUCCUGAAAGUGAUCGAAAACCUACAUGUGGAGCUUGAUGUAGUAUUUUCACAUGCUUUCGAUUUUCAAGUUUUUCUGAAGCCAAAAUUUUAAUGAAAUAAAUAUAUAUUGCUGGUG